UUGAAGUUAAACUAGGUUUCUUUUUUCUUUUUCUGGUUUUUGGUGGUUAUAAUAACUAGGUUUCUUAAUUUCUCCAAACAAAAGAAGAAGAAAAGAAUUGAUUUCGUGAGAAGUGGAAGCAAAUAUAACGUCAUAACUCAUAUAAGAGUGAAUUGUCUUGAGAAUUCGAAGUUGAAGUUGAAGUGGAAGUGGAAGUGGGCGUGUUCGAGUGUUUGGAUCGGAGAGAGAAAGAAAGAUGACGGUGUUCCAUUUCUUUAACUGUGCGAUUCUCACCUUCGGCCCCCACGCAGUAUACUAUUCUGCCACACCCUUAUCUGAGUAUGAUACAUUGGGCACCUCUAUUAAAGCUGCUGUUGUUUAUCUCGCAACAGCAUUAGUGAAGCUUAUUUGUCUGGCUACUUUUCUCAAGGUAUCUGAGAGUGAUAGCUUUGAUCCCUAUCAGGAAAUUUUGAAGGCAUUAAUAGGUUUUAUAGAUGUUGCUGGGCUUUAUUUUGCCUUGACCCAGUUGACUCACAGGAACAUCUCUCAAAAUCAUAAAUUUCAAGCAGUUGGUCUUGGCUGGGCAUUUGCUGAUUCUGUACUGCAUAGAUUGGCUCCUCUUUGGGUGGGUGCUAGAGGAUUAGAAUUUACUUGGGAUUACAUUCUGCAGGGCCUUGAGGCUAAUGCAAAUUUGGUGUUGAGCAUAUCCCUUGCCGCACUGGGAUCUUUGAUGUGGCUCCGAAAAAAUAAACCCAAGACUCUCAUUCCUAUUAUAUACUUGUGCGCAGGGAUAGUAGCAACUAUGCCAUCUAUCACCAGCUAUCUGAAGCGUGGAUUGGGGUGGCACUUUCCUGAAGUGGUAGGUUUUGAGCUCUUCACAUCCUUGGUGAUGGCUUUUAUAAGUUGGCAACUGUUUGCUGCAUGUCAGAGACCUUCAGUGUGAGAAAGCCCAUUACAUAAUGAUAGAAUCCUGCUUAACUAUGUUCUGGCUAGAGUUUUGAUCCAGGAUCUGCUUCUUUUGGCUGCUGCCAUGCUGUUUCGUUGAAAUUUACCAAGUUAAAUGUUUUAUCAAUUGUAGUUUCUUGACAGAUUGAUUUUACUUAACACGCUUAUUUGUGUUUUUUGUGUUAGAAUGCUGGGUGCAAUUCAUUAGAAAAUUUUGUUUAUCUGAAAAUGAGAUGCUAUGAUUAAUCCCAUAUAU